AUGAAAUUCAGAUUCUGCGCUUAUAACAACAACUGGAGCAAUCUCUAUAACAAAGCGCGAAACCUAAUAUCUUCUUCCGCCACUUUCGCCGCCAUGGCUGACCUCAACACCCUCAAAACCAAGCUCUGCAUCAUCGGAAGUGGCCCCUCCGCCCACACAGCCGCCGUAUACGCGGCCCGUGCUGAACUCAAACCAGUUCUCUUCGAAGGAUGGAUGGCCAACGACAUCGCUCCCGGCGGUCAACUCACCACCACCACCGACGUAGAGAAUUUCCCCGGCUUCCCUGAAGGUAUCCUCGGUGGCGAACUGAUGGAACGGUGUCGCCAGCAAUCUGUUCGGUUCGGGACUGAGAUCUUCACGGAGACAGUUACCAAGGUCGAUUUCUCAUCUCGUCCUUUUAGGGUUUUUACUGACUCAAAAUCUGUUGAGGCUGAUUCGGUUAUCGUCGGUACCGGAGCUGUUGCGAAACGGUUACCGUUCACUGGCUCGGGAGACGGUCCGGACGGUUUCUGGAACCGAGGGAUCUCGGCUUGUGCCGUGUGUGACGGCGCGGCUCCGAUCUUUAGAAACAAGCCGUUGGCGGUGAUUGGUGGCGGAGACUCGGCUAUGGAGGAAGCAACGUUUCUAACCAAAUACGGUUCUGAGGUUUACAUAAUCCAUCGUAGGGAUACAUUUAGGGCUUCGAAGAUUAUGCAGAGCAAGGUGGCGAACAAUAGCAAAAUUAAGGUGAUAUGGAACUCGGCGGUGGUGGAGGCUUAUGGGGAAGGGGAGACCAAAAGAUUGGGGGGUUUGAAGGUGAAGAAUGUGGUGACAGAAGAAGUUUCUGAUUUGAAGGUUUCUGGAUUGUUCUUUGCCAUUGGUCAUGAACCUGCAACCAAGUUCUUGGAUGGUCAACUAGAACUUGAUUUUGAUGGAUAUGUUGUGACUAAGCCAGGAACCACAAAGACUAGUGUUGAGGGAGUUUUUGCUGCUGGGGAUGUUCAGGAUAAGAAGUAUAGACAAGCUAUUACUGCUGCUGGCACUGGUUGUAUGGCAGCUUUGGAUGCAGAACAUUUCCUUCAAGACAUUGGUUCACAACAGGAUAAGAGUGAUUGA